AUGGGCUAUGAUCCGAAACUGUUUCCAGUUCCGCCAGGAGACUUUUGGACCUGUCCCGUCUGCAAUCUGAUUCUCAAGGACCCAUUACAGAUAUGCCGCAAUUCUCAUUCUGCUUGCGCGACCUGCGUCAAGACCCUCAAGACCGAAAAAUGCCCAACAAGUGGCUGCAGUGCAUCGAUGCAUAAAAAGAAAGAUAGAGUCGUAGACACCACUGCGUCUAGGUUUCUUGGAGCCCAGAAGAUUCGCUGCGCCAAUGGCCAAAACGGCGGGGGUUGUGGUUGGGCUGGAUCCGUCGCAGACGAGCCGUUGCAUUCUAUCAAGUGCCAGGCAUCUCUGACACCUUGUCCUCAUCCUGGCUGCAAGGUCACCGUCGUGAGAUCAGAACUAUCCGCGCACCUUCAUGUCUGCCCAUACCGACCAGUUCUGUGCCCCAAUGGGGGCACAUAUCCAAGAACAUGCAGGUUUAAAGGACCCUUGAACCGUGUGGAUGCUCACCUCAGCGAGUGUUCAUACCAUCCAUGCCCACAGGCACGCCUUGGAUGCCAGUACACCGGCACUCGGGAUCAAGUCGCCCAGCAUGCCGCAGAUUGCGUAGACCUGCUUGCCCGUGAGCUCGUAGAGCUUCGUCGUCUGGCCGCGACGGCAGGUGCAAAUGCGAUGCAGUCACGGCAAGGACUUCCAACCCCGCCUUCGUCUCGAGUUCCGUCGAGUGCGCAACGAGAGGUCGAUCUCGUCCGCUGGAGUCAGGGUGUUCACGAUGCUGCUCCAAGAAAGAAACAAUCUUCUUCGUCCAACUCUCUUUUUGACUUCGAUACCCCUCGUGGAAUGGAAGUGGACUUCUCGAUGGACAGCCCGCCAAAAGUGGACCCACCUCUACGCGGAGCCGAUGUGUCCAAAACUCCUCUCAAUUCAGGCAAUGUCGACUUGCGACUGGAUCGCUCGCCUCCGACGGCAAGGGAUGUCGUCAAGCAUUCGCGGCGAGACAGCUCCGAGAUAGAGGAAGGCGAGGCGACGAGCGUCUCUGAUCUCUAUAUGGAGCUCAUAACCGAGGAUAUUGAUCCAAAUGAAAACACUCUCGAAGAUGUGCAUUCGCCUGCCGACGAAAGUCCAAGUAAAUCGGAUGACAUUGUCCCGUCGUCGCCCACCGUCAUGGACUCGAGCCCGCUCUCAAAGCACAAGGAAUCGAAGGAAACUAAGCCAUCGUCUCUUCUCCCGCCGUUGGGAGCGUCUGGUCGGAUACCCUUCAAGGCCCGCCGUUCAGACAAGGCCCGGCAGUCUCCCAGCAAAGAUCCAGUCCCCAAGUCUUCCGACAAAGCGGUCAAACCGAACACCAAGGGACGUAUGAAAAAGCCCAACAAAGAACCCAAGCAGUCUUCACGACCGGCUAAAAAGGAAAAGGAGACUCGCCCCGUAGAUGCAUUGGUUGGUCACAAGCCGAUACUCGAGUACGCCUACGAGGAUACCGAGAACUCUGGGGGGCGUAACAUCCCACCCACCGCUCCUCCUACGACUGGAGGAACAGACGGCCCUCUUCCUGCUCGUCGUCCUCAACCAAUCCUCCCUCAUGGCCUUGGGCGUCAGUUUAAUCGUGGCCAUACACAAGCUGGAGCUGCUUCAGGAGGGACUGGUCCCACCCGAAAUAAGGUGCAUCGUCGUGCCGGCUCGCUUUCUUUCCCACGUGGAGAACAGCCGUACUUCUACGCUGGACCGUAUAACCAGUCCCAUGCUAUGCAUUUUACACCUCCUCGUUCGAUGCAUCCUUACCCUGGGCGCCCAAUGCAUCCAUAUGAAAUGCCAAACCCUCAUAUGAUGGCUCCUAGCUACUUUCAUCCUCCUGCACUCGGACCAUACGCUCCCUCAGCAAACGAUGGAUCGGGUUUUGAAGAGGAGGGUUUCGAAGCUUUCGAGGAAGAGUACUUUAAUGGCAUGAGCUGGAUGCACAUGUACUCCCACCCUCGAGUUUCGGGUCGCGAGCCUAUCUCCUCAUUCAGCCAAGUCGACACCGCCUCGUAUCUUCACGCAUACUCGCCAACCAAAGGGCAUAUACCACUACCCGAGGGUGCAUAUCAACAAUCGAAAACGCCGCCUCCCUCAAGUCAUGGAGCGUCAUCAACGACAGCUCCUCGACCUCAAAGCAAGAAGUCACCAAAGCCUUCGCUCCCUCCCUUACAAAUGUCCGAGAACGAGGGCCACGAGGAGGAUAUGGACGAAACUAGUAUUUCCGUGCAAGAUAGGGGCCAAGAGACGGGAAGUGUCACGUCAAAGAGUGCACGAAUCCCUGAGGCUGAUCACCCUCAGGAGAUCCUUGUGAUCAGCGCUCCUCCCAAGGUCAUACUGCCCAAAUUCUUCCCGCAAUUCCACGCACCUAAUCCGCUGAUGAGGGCGUCAAUCAUGGACGAUUGGGGAGUUGGACAUACUCCAAGUCUCCUCGCUGUUCCACCAGAGGUAUAUGCCAAGGCGAAUCCUAUUCGGUCUCUUGUUUCCCAAGAGUGCGUAGUCCGACCAGCAUUCCCCGUAAUCAAGCUAGCCACGCGUUCGGAGGGUCACUCGCAUUCUCAGAAACGGUCGCGAGAGACAUCAGACGACGAGGAACCUCUUGCCGAGAGAGUGAGAAAACCGGGAAGACAAAGGAAGAUGUCAGAGUCUCCCAAGAAGCAGAAGACUGUAACGGAAGAGGGAGCUUUAUCACCACGGAAACCCAAGGCAAAGACCAAGGGAUCGUUCACGGUAGUGGAGGAUGACAAGCUGCCCAAUAAAUCAACAUUGGUCGACCAGCCACCUGUCGUGUUCGAUAAGCGAGCGACGAGAAGUGGAAAGGAGUUCAAUGCAACUCGUCCCGUGGAGUCCUCCGAGGACGGUACAGACGAGAGCGAGGAAGAAGUUCCCAAGAAACCGAGACCGUCGAAACGCAAGACCAGAAAGGAAAUAAACUUGAUAGAGGAGGAUUCUGAUGAGUCGGAGUAUGGCGCAAAGAAAAGGCACAAGGGCCAGAGUGCGAGCGGUGGCUCCAAAGUUGCAAAACGUAUCGUUCGCAAAAAGGAAUCCAUCCACACCGACGCCGGCAAUCCGAACAACGAAGAAGAAUCAAGCCAGGUUCCUCACGCUGAGAAUGAUGAGCUGUCAAAAUCGGAGGCUGAAGAGUCACCAGAAGCAGAAGCAUCUUCACCCGAGAAGCAUGAUGUAGACGUCGACCAGGAGAUGGAAAAAUUCCAAUCAGAGUCUCCAUUCUCACCCGACAAACUCACUCUACUCCCCCGUGAAGACAUACCCGAUGUCAUUUACAAACUACAAACCUCUUCACCGAUUGGGCUGGCCCCGGUCGUCGUUGCAGCACAGCCUAUCGGAGAUAGCGUG